AUGAGUUUUUACAGCACCAUCCGACCGAUACUGGUCAUAUUUAUGCUAUUUGGACAACUUCCGCUCUACGGUGUCCUGUACCGUAAACCAUCCCGGUGGCAGCUUCGUUGGUGCUCCUUCCAAACAGUUCUCUGUUUGGUGCUGAUGGUGGUUGGACUGUUCCUGUGCGUCGUAGAGUACGAUCGGUUGCAAGUUAUCGGUGUCAAUGCGGACAACAUUAUCGGACCACUCUUUUACGCAGAUGUGAUCAUUAUUAUGCUGCUUUUGUUGCGUGUAGCGCACCAUUGGCCUUCGAUGGUAGCUAAAUGGGACCAAGUGGAAGCAAUGGAAGUGAUGCAGUACAAUGCCCGUCAGCAGGAUACACGAUCCACUCGCCGCAUCCGUGCCAUAGCGUUGCUUCUAUUGAGCAUGGGAUUUGUGGAGCAUAUGCUGUCGAUCGGGAAAACUGUGUACGCGAAAGUUGACGAAGGACGCGUGUGUAACUGGGAGUACAGCAAUCUUCCCGAGUACUACGCGUUGCGUACUUAUGGGUUCUUAUUCCGACGAGUACCCUACAGCUUCCCAUCGUUUAUCUUUUUAGAAUACGCUAACACAGCACUCACGAUGGCCUGGACUGUGCAGGAUGUAUUGCUAAUAAUGAUCACCGAUUCUAUCGGUGAUUACUUCAAUCGUAUAAAUGCUAGAAUUCAAUUCUACAGCAACGUACAGGUAAUCGCAAGAGAAAAGUUUUGGAGCGAAAUUCACUCAGACUACGUGGUAGUAUGUGAGCUGUUGGAACACGUCAUGAGCAUAUGUUCUCCACUGUUAGUAGUUUCUUGUGGCACUAAUCUUUACCUCAUCUGCUAUCAACUGUUUCAUUUAGUAGGAACGGAAAAAUUUAUUAUCAUGUCUGUGUUUACCUAUUACUCACUAUGCUUCGUUAUACUUCGUACGUUUUUAACUUUGCAUCACUGUUCAGCUGUACAUGAAGUUGCCUUGAAGCCACUCAAACUCUGCCGUCGCAUCCCAACGAAAGGAUGGUGUGAAGAGUUGGAAAGGUUUUACACUUUUAUACGUAAAACUUCAAUAGCAGUCAGCGCGAUGGGAUUGUUCCAGCUCACCAAGAGAACUAUGUUAACAAUGCUUGGAGCGGUUAUUACGUAUGAGCUGGUGAUGUUGCAUUUUGCUCAAAGUACUGCCAACCAGGGCAUUGUACGAGAAUGUUCUACUGAGGAAUUUCUGUUCGAACCAAAGAUGGAGAGCAGCGCCAACUAA